AUGAAUCCGGUCAAAAGUUCGAUCACUUUGAACAGUUUUCCCUCUUGGCACCGUUUGGCGAGCAACCUCAGUGUGCCAGCCCAACCUCCCGCCGUGUUGGACAGCCAUUCGUCGUACUAUCCAGCUUCGGUAGUAAUUUUCCUCUGGUCGAUGUCAUGUCUGUUCUCGAUCGAAACGAUUUUUGGCAAUCUUCUCGUGCUGGUCGCCUAUCGCCUGGAAAGAAGCAUACGACUGCAGCUUAGCAGCCAUUUCAUUGUAUCACUGGCUGUGUCUGACUUGAUUAUAGGUAUGGAAGGCUUCCCGAUGCUGACGCUCUACGUUGUAAAGGGAGAAAGGUGGCCUCUUGGUAAUAUUAUGUGCCAGAUCUGGCUCUGUAUCGACUAUACUUUAUGCCUUGUUUCGAUUUUGACGGUUUUGCUCAUCACCGUCGACCGAUACGGCUCGGUGUGCUUUCCGGCGAAGUACCGUCAGUGGCAAACGGAACGCAAAGUACAGGUGAUGGUGGUCCUCAGUUGGCUAUUUCCGUCGGUUCUCUUCAUAAUGAUGAUAUUUGGCUGGGAGAACUUUACUGGAGAAACGAUCGAGCAAACCGAUAAGUGCUACGCUCCGUUCCUUAACGAUCCAUACGUCAACAUGUCUAUGUACAUCGUUUACUACUGGACGAUUCUGAUAGCCAUCUCGGUGUUGUAUCGAGGCAUUCACUUGGCGGCCAGAAACCUGGAAAAAAGAAACGUUGCUAGGCACCAACGAACAAUGGCUCUGAUGCUUGGCCAGCGCUACAUGGCGCAGGUGUCGCUUGGACUGUACUUUCAUGCAGAAACUGAAGACGAUGCCGUCGAGUCGUCCAAGCAGCCCGUGACAGACCGGAACAAUACGGGUAAGAAUGGCCUAACAGAAGGGUCCGUGUGUGCUAGCCCUUAUGAAGCCAAACCAUCGUCUAAUAAACCCAUUCCGACGAUUAGGGUAGGCGACGGGCCGAUGCAGUCUGAAGAGAACGGUAACAAGUCCUCUAAUGAGUGUGAUUCUGCGGCCGACCUUGCGGACGGAAAUCUCGAAUCAACUUGCAGCGAGAAGCUGUCCCCCCUUCACGUUCCAAACCCAGUAAUGGAACAGAGUUGCUUAGAGAAGAAGAACGGCAGGAGCAGAAGGUCAGCGGCUUCGGCCUCUGAUGCUUCCUCGUUCAAACUAGACUCAUCAGGGGGCAGUCAGGGUGACGUGACUUCUGUUUCUGAGAUUAGGAGCAAACAUGCAAUGGAGAAUGAUGGCAUAAACGAAAACUCACGAUCGAAGGCAAGCAGAGUCGAGAAGAACAUCGCUCAGAAUUUAUACACCUCUGAGGAGGAAGAUGAGGACGAAGAAAAAGAAAAUAAACAAGCAAAAAAGACAUCUUACAGACUUUAUGGGGCAAUUAGCAUUAAUCCACCGGUGAGCAAACGGUCUUUACAUGGCUUCUUCUUCAAAUCCCGACAUAAAUUGAAACGUGAACCAAAAAACUCUAAUAAAGGCGAGCCUUCUGAAAUCACAGGUCUCCAACAGCCUCCUGCUGAGGAUCCGCUGAAGCCACUGAUGGAAAAGCUUCAGCAUACCACGAAGGGCAGCGGUGAGGGAAAAGAGCAAUCGACCGUCAACAAACACAAUAACUGGCUGAGCACCUUCCUACUUAGCCCAACCUCGUUUCUACAAAGAAGGAGAAAAAUAACCAAGGCCGAAAGGAGAGCUCGUCGCGCAUUCCGAACGAUCACCGUGAUUGUCGGCACAUUUGCUCUGUUCUGGUCGCCGUAUUACAUCGUUGCCACGAUAUACGGCUUUUGUCCUAAGUGCGUUCCGUCCCCGUUGUUCCUGACCAGCUAUUACCUCUGUUACUUGAACAGUUCGUUCAAUCCCUUCGCCUAUGCCUUUGCCAAUAGGUCGUUUAGAAGAACAUUCAUACGCAUCUUAAGGGGCGAUCUUCUGUGCAAAAUUGCUUGCUUAUAG